UGGUGUAACAUUUAUUUUCUUCCGCCACAGCUCGAAAUAUUCUUUCCUAUGAACUGACCACCUCAUAUCUCAACAUGUCGUGAUAACCGUUCAUUAUUGCAUCUAGCUAAAUUCACAAAAAUAUGACGGGGAUUUUCAGUAAAUGUCACAUCUCGUUUGUUUUAUUUUUUACGCUCUAUUAUUCUGACGUUUUGAUAUUUUCGGCCGCGACCGCCCAAGAGAAUGAUGAGUCACUGGAGCUCAUGCUGCCAGAAGAUGCAGUGUCCGACUUGGAGAACAGCCCCAAGUUCGUGGAGUCAGAAGACCUGGAUUCUCUGCCGAAGAGGCAGUUCAAGACAGCUGAGAUCGCAGAUGCUGUGAUGGGAACCGAAGCGCCCAUCGAUCCAUCUGACAUUGAAUCCCUAUUCCCUAAAAAUGUGAAAGACUUCCAGUCAGGCUUUUCCCCGCCUUGUGAUGAGAACAGUGCCCAGUGCGGUUCACCUGCUGUGGAUGCUAAAGGAGAGUCACAGGAGGACAUGAGUGCCGAAUCAUCACAGCAGAUCACUCUUGACAUAGUGCGUGCGGACAUCACGCCAACUGAGGAGCAGAACAACACAGAGACUGCCAAGACGUACAAGGUGAACUGUGAUAAGAGGAACGUCACAGGAAUGGACAAUUUCACUGUGCAGGUCCUCAACGCUUCACAGGACCUGAUGGAGUUCCUGAAUACUAACAGCACAGAGUGCUCUGUGGUCCUGUUCUUCACCGCCUGGUGCCAAUUCUCAGCCAGCCUGGCACCUCACUUCAACGCCCUGCCCCGAGUCUUUCCCAGCAUGCACUUCCUGGCACUGGAUGCGUCUCAGCACAGCAGCCUCUCCACCAGGUUUGGGACCGUGGCAGUGCCCAACAUCCUGCUGUUCCAGGGGGCCAAACCCAUGGCUCGCUUCAACCACACAGACAGAACGCUGGAGACGCUCACCUCCUUCAUCGCUAACCAAACAGGGUUUGAGGUCAGCCCUGACAAAAACGUGACAGAUUUAGACCGUCUCGGACCUCUCCCCAGCGUCCCGGUGAAGAGCAUCGACUGGCUGCUGGUCUUCUCGGUCCUCUUCAUCACAGGUUUCACCUUGUACGCCAUCCUACGGACAGACAGCAUCCGCUGGCUCAUACCGGGACAGGAGCACGAGCAUCAGGACUGAAAACAAAUGGACUGCAAGACACUGGAUGUGAACAAUUAUUUGAUAAACCAUUUCAUUUCUUAUUAAAUUAACAGUUGCUAAUUUGCCUUUAUUGUAAGUGUUUCAUGAAUAAAAUAAACUUAUGUGAAACAUU